UUUUAUCAAAAUGUACUUUUACCGGCACACGACCAAUUUAUACGAGAACAGUCUCGCUCCACCCAGCAUCACCGGUGGGAUAUCAACUUGGAGAAUAUCCUCAUAGUUGACUAUCAUGUCUGGCGCUUCUACUGACGCUCGUACGACUGACACGCAGCCCGCUCAUGUUCCAAACAGGUCCGCCUUGGAGGAGUACGAACAAGAUGGAAAGCCACCGUUUGUCCUUACGUUUACUGAGAUGAAGCUACUAGGCAUUGCUGGAGUUGGAUUCUUCCUAGACGCUUAUGAUCUUUUCAUCAUCAAUCCUGUCGCUACCAUGCUGCAAUACCGCCUUUACGGCGGACAUUCGCUCCCAGCCAACCUAGAAGGUUUCAUGAAAGCAGGUGCAAAUAUCGGAAGUGUCAUCGGACAAUUUGCAUUUGGGUAUCUUGCGGACGCUUUCGGGAGAAAAACAGUCUAUGGCAAGGAGCUCAUGCUCAUCAUCCUGGCCACUAUACUAUGCUUGACCACGCCCACUGGAUCGCUAUCUCCGGACAGUUGUCUCGUUUAUCUAGGCGUAUUUCGUAUCUUGCUGGGCGUCGGCAUUGGAGGGGAUUAUCCCAUGUCCGCGUCGGUCGCCUCUGAUCGUGCUAACAUUCGCAAGAGAGGUACACUUCUGGCAUAUAUUUUCGCAAACCAGGGGUGGGGCUCUCUCGCAGGCAGCUUGGUAACUAUGAUUGUCCUCGCUGCAUACAAGCACGUCAUGGAUACAAAGGGAGAAACCAGUAAAGUAGAUGGAGUAUGGCGCAUUAUUAUUGGUGUUUCACUUAUUCCUGCCUUUGGAACCCUCUACCAGCGUCUGACACUUGCUGAAUCCACACGGUUCAUCGAGUCUCAGAAGAAGCCUGAAUCGGAUGAUAUCGAGCAGAUCAAGAAGGCUCAAGAGGGAUCAGAAGCGGCUGGUGAUACUAAGGAGAAGGACAGCCCACAAGAAAGCUCCAUGGAAGACCCUGACAUCAUCGCGACUAAGAAGGCUCAUCUCAAAGAGUUCCUUCACUAUUUCUCGGAAUGGCGACGUGCCAAACUGCUUGUUGGAACAUGUGUUUGCUGGUUCUUGCUUGAUAUAGCAUUUUACGGCAUAAACCUGAACCAAAAUGUUGUCCUUCAGCAGAUUGGAUUUGAUGGCAGCAGCGGGACACCUUGGGAAAAGCUCUUUAAAAUUUCUACUGGCGGUAUCAUCAUUACCGCUCUCGGUUUCGUUCCCGGCUACUAUGUAUCGGUCCUUACCAUUGAAAAGCUUGGGCGGAAAUGGAUCCAGAUCCAGGGUUUCUUGAUGGCUGCCUUGUUUUUGGGCAUUCUGGCUGGAAAGUUCAGUUCGCUAAGCAGUGCUGGCUUCAUCGUUUGCUUUGCAUUUUUGCAGUUCUUCUUUAACUUUGGGGCAAACACAACGACAUACUGUUAUCCAGCUGAGGUUUUCCCGACGCGCUUCCGUGCCUUUGCUCAUGGCAUCAGUGCUGCUUGCGGCAAGGCCGGUGCUAUUAUCUCUGCCCUUGCAUUCAAUACCCUAAGCAAAGACAUUGGGACCCCUGCUGUUCUCUGGAUCUUCUUCGGAUGCUGUAUUGUCGGUGCCGUCUUUUCUCUUCUGCUCCCUGAAGUACGUGGUCGGGAUCCCGAUGCAUUACUAGCCCAGGAUAUUAGAGAAGCAAAGCAGAACUCACGCAAGUAAUCACUGAAGGAUUCACGUUGCGUUGCAUAUAAAUGUAUGAGUGAUGUAAUGACCAAGUUGUGUAGAAUAGUGGGGAG